AUGGCCUCACUCAGAACCCUGCUAUCCACAUCCACCGCCCGUCUCGGCGCGAGCGCGCAAGCCGGACACACGCUGGUGCAGCAGCGAUGCAGCCUCAGCUCCUCAUCCGUUGCACGUGCAUCGUAUGAGGACACGAUCAAGAACAUCCUCAUCAACAAGGACUCGCGCGUCAUCUGCCAGGGCUUUACCGGUAAGACGGGAACGUUCCACUGCAAGCAGGCACUCGAGUACGGCACCAAGCUCGUUGGUGGCGUGUCACCUAAAAAGGCCGGCCAAGAGCACCUGGGCCUACCCGUCUUUGGCUCCGUGCGCGAGGCAGUUGCGGAGACAAAGCCGCACGCGUCGGUCCUGUACGUUCCGCCACCGAGCGCGGCGGACGCGAUCAUCGACGCGAUCGAGAACGAGGUGCCCUUGAUCGUCGCCAUCACUGAGGGUAUCCCGCAGGCGGACGAGAUCCGCGUCGCGCACGCGCUGCGCAGCCAGAGUAAAAGCAGGCUCAUCGGCCCCAACUGCCCCGGCGUGAUCAACCCAGAGGGCUGCAAGAUCGGCAUCAUGCCCGGCCACAUCCACACGCCCGGCAAGAUCGGCAUCGUCAGCCGCUCCGGUACGCUCACCUACGAGGCGGUCAACCAGACGACCAACGUCGGUCUCGGCCAGAGCAUCUGUGUCGGCAUCGGCGGCGACCCGUACCCUGGCUCGACGACGCUCGACCUCGUCAAGCUGCUGCUGCACGACGACAAGUCCGAGGGCAUCGUCCUCAUCGGCGAGAUCGGCGGCAGCAUGGAGGAGGACGCAGCAGAGUACCUCGAGCAGUACAACAAAACACGCAAGAACCCCAAGCCUGUCGUCGCCUUUAUCGCCGGCCGCACUGCACCGCCUGGCAGGAGGAUGGGCCACGCGGGCGCCAUCAUCGCCGGCGGCAAGGGCGGCGCCGACGACAAGGUCCGCGCACUCGAGAGGGCUGGCGCCAUCGUUGCGGACAGCCCGGCCAAGAUCGGGGCGCUCAUGAAGCAGGCCAUGGUUGAAGCCGGUCUCGCGUAA